AUACACGGAGGUAACCAAAGAAAAUUAGACAAUAUAAGUGACUCCUCGCAGGAUGAGAAUGAUGAUUAUGAAGAACAAAUGGAUGAAACCACUAGAUAUCCAAGAUAUCCAAAAGAUAAAAACAAUCAAAAUCUGUCUAUGCAUGGAGGCAACCAAAAGAAGUUAGAUAACGAUAGGGACUCAUCCCAAGAUGAGAAUGAUGAAUAUAAAAAUAGUGACUUAUUGCCUUCAGGUCGUGCUAAUAAGAAAAAAGAACGAGAGCUUUAUGAAGAACAAAUAGAUGAGACCACUAGAUAUUCAAAAAAUAAAAAUAAUCAAAAUCUGUCUAUGCAUAACGAUAACCGAAACGAAUUAAAUUAUAAUGACAAUGUUGGCGAUUCCCAGAAAUAUAGUCGUUCCAAUAAGCGAAAUGAGUCCGAAUCUUUUUAUGGAGGAUCAAGGAAGGAAAUCACAAAUAAUCAAAAUAAUCAAAGUUCGUAUAGAGAUAAUAAUAAAGACUACUACAACAGUAAUAAUCAAGAAAAAAAUCGGAAACCAGAUAAUAGUAGUUCUAUAUGGCCUGGCGUGAUUAAUAGAUGGAUGCCUGGUAGUAAUAAGGACGAGAAUGAGAUCAAAGUU